AAGCUGUAACAUUCUAUGUUGAUAGUGAUGUGGAACUGCAAUAGUGGAAAUAUGACGAGGAUAAAUCCAUUUGCUAAAAUUUCUUUUUUAAUUUUUGCAAUAAUACUUAGUGUAAUACCAAAAUGCUCGUCUAUACUAUCAGAUAAAAGAUUAUGUUACGACUCAAAGUGUUCAGAACCUGUAUCAUUUGCCAGGACUACAUUGAAGUAUACAGCUGGAGAAAAGGGUAUGGUCUCUGUACCGAUGAGUGAAGUAGUAACUGUUUAUAGCAAAGGUGCCGGUAAAAGACCAGAUUUAUGGGGUAUAGAGUUCGGUGGUAAUCGUGGAUACAUACCAAAAAAUUUUUUAAAGGAAUUUAAAAUUUUAAAGAAAAACUUGACUUUCGAAGUAUCUACUGAAAUUGUAAAUAAUAAUAACAACAAUGAUAAAAAUAAUAACAUUGAUAAUAUUAAUAAUGAUGUCAGUAAUUUAAAAAAUAUUCCAUUAAAAAAUAAUGAAAAUAAACCAGACUCUAUUUCAAUAUAUAGUAGUCUUUCCAAUACUAAUAUUGAUGCGUCUAUUCCAACUAUCAAUGAAGAAAAUACAAAGCAAUCUAUGCAUGAAACAGAAAGUAUAUCUCCAUUUUCUAACGUAAUAGAUGGUACUACAAUUUUUGUAAAUAGGGAAGAAUCUAUGCAACCGAGUUAUACUUCUGUUAUAGAAGCUACGUCUUUGUCAAAUAAUAAAGAAACAGAAGAUAAAGUUAAUAAUGACAUAAACCCAACUGCUACGCAAAUUGAAUUAGAUAUUCCAAUUAAGUUGCAACAAGAAACUGAUUCUAAAGAAGAAGAGUUUGUUACUUAUAGCAAUACUUCCAAUAUACAUAAUAAAACAAACGAAUCUGCAUUUGAAUUGCAAUUAAAUGAAAAUAAUAAUGUAGAUUUUUCGACUGUUGAAUCAGUAGAAGAAAAGAAAAAAGAUAAUAUAGAUACUUUUUCUUCAAACGUGGAAGAUAAGAAGGAAAAAGGUAAUGUAGAUUUUUCUAUGUUUGAAUUGAAAAUUAAGAAAGAGAAAAAUAACAUAAAUUCUUUAGAUGUCGAAUCAGGAAAUACAGAAAAGGAAGAUGAUAUGGUAUCCUCUAUUACUAAGUUAGAAGAAAAUAAAAAGAAAAAACACAGUUUAGAAUCUUUGACUUCUGAAUUGAAAUAUAAAGAUAAUAAGGAUAAUGUACUUCCUAUGAUUGUUGAUUUAGAUCAUAAGGAGAAAAUAGGAGUUGAAAAUAUUACUACUGAAAAUAUAAAUGAUACAGAUAAUUUGCUUAUCCAGUCUGAGUUACAAAAACAAAUUGAAGUAGAAAAUAAAACGGAAGGUGUACAUAAUGUAGACACUCCAAACAUGGAUCAAUCAAAUAAUCUUGUAUCGGCAAAAAAUAACUCUGAUGAUUCUGAAAUUAUUCUUAACAAUGAAGAAAACAUGCAGCAGCUUGUAAAUAAGAAGGAAGGAGAACCUACAAUGGAAGAAAAUAAUCAAAAGGAAGCACAGGAUGGUCAAAAAAAUGUUGUAAAUAGUGAUGUAAAUAAUGAUAAUGUUGAAAAAGAUAUCUUUAGUUCUGUUGAUGUUCCUGUGGAAUUGAAUACAGUAUUUAAAGAUAGUAAUGGACAAUUGCAUAGUGAGGAAAGCGAAGAAUCACAUUCUAGUCAAAAUGAUGCAAAAGAUAUUAACUCCGAACAGAUCUUCCACGAAUUUCGUAAUAAUCGAAAUUUAUUAUACUUGGAAGAAAACGUCAUAACCGAUAAAGUGGAAUUGCAAAUGGAAGGUUUGCAAAAUAAUAUAAUUGAUUCUAUGACUGAAACCUUACCUAAAUAUGAAGAUAUAAAUAUCGAGGAUAAGGUUUUGCCUGAAGCAGAAAAUAAAGAUGAAAUAGAAGAUGAAGUUUUUUAUAAUAAAAAUAUGGAAGGUCUCACAAAUGUUGAAGAAGUAACAUUAUUUUCUACGAUACAAAAUAUGCAAUUUUCUGAUGUUUGUACAACGGGUAACGAAUGUAUGAAUGGUGAUGAUACAAACUAUGGCUUUAUAUCACAAGAUAAAGAGUCUGUUCCUGAAGGCAGUAUUAUGAGAAUGAUAAAAGUAGAACACACAUAUUGGAUAACGAUAUUUUAUUUAAGCAUAACUGCUAUUACUACACUUAUGUUUUCUUUAGGAUAUUAUUAUAUUGAGAAUAUGAGGAGAGAUGGUCAAUUGAUAGCAAAGAUAAAUAAACUGGAAAAAGAAUUAUUUCUUUCUGUAAAAGAAAGUUUGAUCUUGGAUGAAAAUUUGAAAUCAACUAAACAUGAGUUAAACUCUAUGCAAGAUGAAUCAUUUGGAUCUAACGAGAUGGUAUCGUCUUUGAAAGCUGAACUAGAGGCUUCACAGAAUGCAAAUAUUGAGUUAGAAGAUCAGGUUGCUAUGUUAGAGAAAGAUUUAGAAAGUGCAACAGAAGCAGGAUUAGAAUUGGAACGCAUGUUAAGAGAAGUUCUUUCAUCCAACAAUGAAGUUAAUCCGUUAACUCAAUCAGUAGAGGAUUUACAAGCUCGCUUAAAUAUUCAACAAAGCGCUAAUGAAUCUUUAACUAAUGCUCUUAACAUCAAAACUCAAGAGAAUGAAACUUUAUCAACAGAUCUUAAUGCUAUGAAAAGAAAAUAUGGAGAAUUGGAUACCGAACUUAUACGUAUAACAGAAGAAUUUCGAAUCGAAUUAAAUAAAAGAAGUAAAAUACAAGAAAAUUUAAAUGAAAUAAUUCAACAAUUAGAAGUACAAAUUACACAACUUUCUUUGGACAAAGCAAAUUUAUACAAAGAAUUAAAAAUUAAAGAAACAGAAGUCAAAGAUCUCGUGGAUGUUAUUAAUCAAAUAAAUUCAAAUAAUUUAGAUAUUGAAAAACUGUAUAAAAUAUCUCAUGUUAAAGCAGAAGCGUCGCAACUUCUUGAGGAAAGAGAUGAAUUAAAGAUACGUUUAAGUGAAGUCGAAGGAGCACAUAGUUUGUUAGAAGAACACAUGAAACUUGUUAAAGAAGAAGUGUCUUCGUUGAGUGAACAAUGUAAAAUAGCUGAAAAAGAAAAGCGGGAUGCAGAAACACGAUUGGAAGUUAUAUCAAACUUUUUCAAGGAAAAAGAAGCUCAACGACAAAAAGAAGAAGCAUUAUGGUUACAAAAACAAGGUGAAGUUCAGUCUACUGUAGAAAGAAUACAUACAAUGCAAAAUGAAAUCCAAGGAUAUAAGCAACAAAUAGAAAUGUUGAAGCGUGAAAUAGUGGAUCAAGAAAGGGAAUAUAAAAGUCAGAUUUCUGCUCUGGAAACAAAGGCACACGAACAAUGGGUUAUGGCACGACAAAAUGAACGUCGUUUAGAAGAAUCAAAGGCAGAAGCAGGACAAUUACGUAAUCGUCUUACACUAAUAGAAAAAAAUAUAAAUGAUGCAGAUGCCGAUACAAAAUUACAUCGCUUGGAGGCAAAUGGGGAGACUACAACGUCACCUCCAUUAUUCAUAGGCGCAGAUUCAUCAAGUUCUCCUAUAAUGUUUACUGGUUCUUCAGGUGUUCCACCACCACCACCACCGUCAUUCAUACAUCCUUCACUUUUCCCUACAUAUCUACCACCACCUUUGCCUUCCACCUCAGGAUUACCACCUUAUGACGUUGGACAACGACCACCACCUUUGGGUGGUCGAUUAUCUUCUCCACCUCCUUUACCAUUACAUCCUCAUCCAUCUGGCAGGUACGAUAAUGCAGAUUCGCCACCACCUUUGAUAUCUCCACCUUUAUUACUUCCUUUCAAUCAUAGAUCACAUCCACCUCCCUUCGCCAGUGAUCAUAUUCAUCCUCCUCCACCACCUCCCCCACCUGGUUCGAUAUUGCUACCACCCCUUGGAACGUCGCAUUCAUGGGGGGAAGAAAUACUGCAGGCUCCACGCAAUUCUGGUUUUCAUCCACAUCAGCGAGAACAACGUACUCGCAAUCAUAAAGGUUCCUUGCAUUCUUCUGGGGAGUCAUUGGAUAAGUCACAUCAUAGCGGAAAAGUAUAACUUUUGUAUUUUAGUCUUUAACAAUCUUAUACAAAGGCCAAGUCUAUUACUAUUAUAUAUAGUAAUAGAUUCAUUGUAUAACAAUUUUCAAUAAAUAUUUCACGAGA